AAGGAAGUGACGUAUGAUAGACUUUUCCGCUUUCUUUCUGCAGCAGGAACUGUGGCCGCGGGGCAAGGGGGUUACGACCCUGCUUCCGGCCUCAGAUCCCCGCGGAAUGUUGCUGCUGGUGCUACUGCUGCCCCUCUGCUGGGCCGUGGAGGUCAAGAGACCUCGGGGUGUCUCCCUCACCAAUCAUCACUUCUACGACGAGACCAAACCUUUCACUUGUCUGGAUGGCUCGGCCACCAUCCCUUUUGAUCAGGUCAACGACGACUACUGUGACUGCAAGGAUGGCUCAGAUGAGCCAGGCACUGCUGCCUGUCCUAAUGGCAGCUUCUACUGCACGAACGCGGGCUACAAGCCUCUGUACAUCCCCUCCAGUCGUGUCAACGACGGGAUUUGUGACUGCUGUGAUGGGACCGAAGAGUACAACAGUGGCGUCGUCUGUGAGAAUACCUGCAAAGAGAAGGGUCGUAAGGAAAGAGAGUCCUUGCAGCAGAUGGCAGAGGUCACCCGCGAGGGCUUCCGCCUGAAGAAAAUCCUUAUUGAGGACUGGAAGAAGGCCCGCGAGGAGAAGCAGAAUAAGCUCACUGAGCUGCAGGCUGGAAAGAAGUCUCUGGAAGACCAGGUGGAGAUGCUGCGGGCGGUGAAAGAGGAGGCUGAGGUGCCAGAGAAAGAGGCCAAAGAGCGGCACCAGAAGCUGUGGGAAGAGCAGCAGGCUGCCUCCAAGGCCCAACGGGAACAGGAGCUGGCUGCCGACGUCUUCCAGGAGCUGGACGAUAAUAUGGAUGGGGUGGUCUCGGUGGCUGAGCUGCAGACCCACCCGGAGCUGGACACAGAUGGGGAUGGGACACUAUCGGAAGGGGAGGCCCAGGCCCUCUUCGGUGGGGACAUAGGGAUGGAUGCUGCUUCCUUCUACGACCGUGUCUGGGCUGCCGUCAGGGACAAGUACCGAUCUGAGGCACUGCCCACUGAUCUGCCAGCACCUUCAACCCCUGAUGGGGAGGAACCCAAGGGGGAACAGCCACCCACACCCUCACGGGCCACAGAGGAGGAGGAGGAGGAGGAGGAGGAGGAAGAGGAGACAGAAGAGGAGGAAGAGGAAGAGGAGGAUUCGGAGGUGCAGGGGGAGCAGCCCAAGGAGGCCCCACCGCUCCAGCCCCCACAGCCAGCCAGUCCCUCCGAAGAGGACAAGAUGCCUUCCUACGAUGAGCACACUCAAGCCCUCAUUGAUGCCGCCCAGGAGGCCCGUACCAAGUUUGAGGAGGCUGAGCGGUCCUUGAAGGAGAUGGAAGAGUCCAUCAGGAACUUGGAGCAGGAGAUUUCGUUUGACUUUGGCCCCCACGGGGAGUUCGCCUACCUGUACAGCCAGUGCUACGAGCUCACCACCAAUGAGUACGUCUAUCGGCUCUGCCCCUUCAAACUUGUCUCGCAGAAACCCAAACUUGGCGGCUCCCCAACCAACCUUGGGACCUGGGGCUCGUGGGCUGGCCCUGACCACGACAAGUUCAGCGCCAUGAAGUAUGAGCAGGGAACAGGCUGCUGGCAAGGGCCCAACCGCUCCACCACGGUACGUCUGCUUUGUGGGAAGGAAACUGUGGUAACCAGCACCACAGAGCCCAGUCGCUGUGAGUACCUCAUGGAGCUGACCACGCCAGCUGCCUGUCCAGAGCCACCCCCAGAGCUGCCCACUGAAGGCGACCACGACGAGCUAUAGCUGGGCCGUGUGGAGGUGAGCAAGGAGAACCUCAAGGCAUGAAACCAGUCCCCAGCAGUGCCACCCACCUGCCCCUCAGUCUUGGUCUGUGGACCAAGGCCUGCCCGCUGCCUGGGAUUCCUGGCUCCUCCAUGGGGCGGGAGCUGAGCGGGGCCCUGCUGCCCAGGGGUCACGCCAUGUUCCCAGGCCCCAGUGGCCUCCAAAGAUGGGAUAGAGGAACUCACCCUCCCUGGGCCCCCAACCUGGGGGUUCACCCGUGUACCCCGCUGGUCCCUGCCUCCUCUCCUGGUGGGGAUAAGGGAAUGACGACCUGUGACCUCAGAACAAUAAAUGUGACUCCUCCCCCCCAAACUUGGCUGCCUCACUUUCCUGGGGUAUAAAAUGGUGCAGAGAAGUGCAGGGGAAGCAGCAGUGCACAGAUCCUGCCCAACCUUCCCUUGCCCUGGAGCAGGCACCAUAGCCCACCUGAUAUAUGAGGGGACCAAUGGGACACCUGGCCACUUGUA